UACAUAUCGUCGCAGGAUGGUAGAAAGGGCCCUAUACGGCGCUCAAACCAAUCCGAAUCCUUACCUCUCUUCUCCAUCCAGCAUCCGUCAUUCUUCUCUAUCCCGACAAGCGUAUUAUCAGAAAGAAAAAAUGUCCCUUUUUAUGUAUUGAGACCGGCUUUGGAAUUAGCAGGAAAACUGCUUUCAAAUAACUCCAAAAAUAAAGAAGUCCAACGCAUCUGAUCUUUCUUCUUCAGUGUCAGCAUAAAAGGAAAAGAGCUAACAAUAAGAGCAAAAUCUUGGAGCUAGAGCAUAGCGCUGUGAAAUAAGGACAUUCUGAUCGACCCGAUGGUCAAUUUCAGCCUUCUAAAUUGGAACUUGCAGAAAGGCUGAGAUACAUUGGAACAUAGAUCUAUAUGAAAAAUAGAUAUAUAAAAAUUCAAGAAAUUCGUUUUCAAAAACCCGAGAUUUCAGAGGGGACCACGUGCAGAGAUCUUGCUUCUUCUUCCGGAACUGGAACAGCAGCUGGCCCGGACACCACUACUAUAAAAAAAUUGUAUAGGAUAAGAUUGCAAAUUUCGAUUACUUUAUUUAACGGUGAAUUAUUUGAGUUGACAUUUCAUGGUACAACUUUCCUGAAGCUUUUGAUUUCACUUCCUUAGAAAGAAAGUGAUUAAGUAGAUAAAUCAGCGUAGCAACUUGGUCAUAAGUUGAUAUUGUGAUAAUUCAAUCUUCCUUGUUAGGCGACGUGUGAUGGUCUUGGAUUUUUAGAAAGGGAUAGCCGUCAUGAUGGCCACAGCAGCAGUUAUUGGACUGAGUGCAGGAAAAAGACUCUUAAGUUCUUCCUUCUAUUAUUCUGAUCUUAAUGAAAAGCUAUCUUGUAGCAGUGAUCAUAGUUUGCCCUGCCAUCAGGUUCCUUCUGUUAAGAAUGUGAUCACAGCGAAGAAGUCAUCCGAUUAUAGCCCCAGUUGUGUAUCCAGUCGAAAACUACAAUCUGCCAAGGCUCUUAAAGAGCACGCGGACGUUGCAUCCGACCCUUCUGAUGUGCAGUCCUGGUUUAAAAGGUUUGAACAAUUGCAGAAUGAAAGCGAUGAUUCGGUGGAGGUUCUCCUCUUGCUGCAGAAGUCCAUGCUUGAAAAGCAGUGGAAUCUUUCUGCUGAAGAGACAUUGACUGCUUCUCCACAACAUGAAAAGAACUGCAAGAAGAUGAAUAUUACUUGCUCAGGGACAUCUGCUAGGCGGAGGAGAAUGGAUUCUAGACAAAGAUUUCUUGGUCGAAAAAGUUCAGUUAUACCUACCAGUGCAACCAAGCCGCUUAGAUCAAUAAUUGGUCCAGAGCUACUUCAAAAUCGCAUAAAAGGUUAUGUUAAGGGUGUAGUAAGUGAAGAGCUGCUCACACACACUGAAGUGCUUCAACUAUCCAAAAAGAUUCAAGUUGGUCUUCAUGUGGAAGAGCAAAAAUCAAGGCUGAAGGAAAGACUGGGAUGUGAGCCUUCUGAUGAUCAACUUGCUCUUUCCUUGAAAAUGUCCCGUACUGAUUUACAAUCUACAUUGAUCGAGUGUUCCUUGGCAAGAGAAAGGCUUUCAAUGAGCAAUGUUCGUCUUGUCAUGUCAAUUGCUCAAAGAUAUGAUAACAUGGGUGCUGAAAUGGCUGAUCUUGUUCAGGGAGGCCUUAUUGGACUUCUUCGUGGGAUAGAGAAAUUUGAUCCCUCUAAAGGAUACAAAAUCUCAACUUACGUUUAUUGGUGGAUUCGCCAGGGUGUCUCCAGAACCCUGGUUGAGAAUUCAAGAACCUUAAGAUUGCCAACACAUCUGCAUGAAAGACUCGGUCUAAUCCGUAAUGCAAAAAUGAGGCUUGAAGAGAAGGGAAUAACUCCAUCUGUAAAUAAUAUAGCUGCAUGCCUGAAUAUGUCCCAGAAGAAAGUCAGGAAUGCAACUGAGGUAAGCAGCAAGGUGUAUUCACUUGACAGGGAAGCAUUUCCCUCUUUAAAUGGUCUGCCCGGAGAAACUCUCCAUAGUUACAUCGCUGAUAACCACCUGGAGAACAACCCAUGGCACGGUGUUGAUGUAUGGGCAAUUAAGGAUGAAGUAAACAGUCUCAUUUCAUCAACUCUUAGGGAACGGGAGAGAGAGAUUAUCCGACUGUACUAUGGUCUGGACAGUGAAUGUCUCACGUGGGAGGAUAUUAGUAAAAGGAUAGGUUUGUCCAGAGAGAGGGUCAGGCAGGUGGGAUUAGUUGCACUUGAGAAACUAAAACAUGCUGCAAGGAAAGGGCGUCUAGACGCAAUGUUGAUCAAACAGUAAUUUGGAACAUUUGCUGCGACUAUAAUACAAUUGAAUGUACAUAUAUUGCGAGAAUUCUGCAUCUCCAACUUACUUUUCUGAUGAGGAGAACGUACAGAUAAAGACCCCGACACAUUCUUGACCACCCUCUCCCUGAAACCAGGCCCCCAAAUAUGUAUGUGAAGAGACAGAAAGAUGUAGCGGACAUUUUUGUGUACCAUAUAUUUUAGGAUGCGUGACGUGCAAAGAGCAAAGAGAAGAUUGUUUGCUGAGAUAGGAGAUAAUAAAAAAUUAUUAUGUAUAUAUACAUAAUAUAUACUUCCUUUUCAUACUUACUAUAGUACUACCAUCUAAAUCUCAAAUACUGAAUAUCAAGGCGUUUUUUAUUCUAG